AUGUCUAAAAAAAAUAAUAAUCAAAAAAAAGAUAGUAAAAAUAAGUUAGAAUAAAAUGAAGAAGAAGAAUAAAUAGAAUCAGCUCCUAAUUUAGAUAAUAAAGAUGUAUAAUAAGAAUAAGAAAAUAUUGAAGAUAUAUGUAAAAAUUAAAUUAUAGAAAAUUAAAUACAUAACAAUGAAUAGAUUGUAGAACAAACCUAAUAAACUGAUUAAGAGAGUUAAAUACAAGAAUAACAUUUAAAUAGUUCUAAACAUGAAUAAGUUAACCCUUAAGUGGAAAUUUAAAAGACAAGUGAUGAAUAAACUAAAGAAGAAAUAAAUGAAAAUGAUUAAUUAUAAUAGUUUAACGAUGCUUAAUAAUAAAAAUAAUAAGAUUUAUUAACCGAUUAAUAAGAAUAAACAGGAAAAACAGAAUAAGAAAAUUAAUAAACCACAAAAGUUGAUUAAUUAGUAGAAGAAACUUAAAAGUAAAAAUAAGAGAAUAAGGAACCAUUGAUUAAUGGAACAUCUAAUUAAUAAGUUGAAAGUUUAAAAAAUGAGGAAUUUAAAUAAGAUAACAAAUACAUUAAAAAUGAAAUGAUUUGUUAACUUGAUGAACAAAAGUUUUAAAAUCAACCUUAAGUAGAGCCUGAAAAUCAAUAAGCAAUUGCUUGUUAAAAACCUAAGAUAUCAUUGAAGAAAUAAAAAAUUGAAGAUUCUGAUGUGACUGAAAAAUCAGAGAAGUAAGAUAAUAUUGUUUAAAUUUAAUAACAUGAAGUUGUUUUAAAUGCUUAAGGUCCUGUAAUAAUAGAGAAAACCAAUAAUUCAGUGAUGAUAGAAGGUGCUCCAUAAAUCUAAUUAAAGAAAUAAAAUGAUGAUGUUAUUUUGGAGAGUGUCUAAAAAUAAAAAAUGGAAAAAAAAGUUGAAUAAACAAAUAUUGAAAUUUAACCAAAAAUGCAUGUUGAAUUACACUAAUAGAUAGAAUUAUAAUAAUAACCUUAAAUGUAAUAAUAAGUAUUUGAAUAAAAAACUGAAACUUAGAGUUAGGUGUAGGUAGAAAUUCAAAAGAAUCUUAGUAAUAUCAUCACUAUUGAAAAGUCUUAAAUGUAAACAGAGAAAUAAAAUGAAAGUGUUUACUUAGAAGUUAUGCCAACUGUAUAAUUGGUUAAUCAUUAAGAAGUUUCAAUAGAGUAGCAUCCUGAAAUUAAUUUGGAAUCUUAAAAUUUAGAUACUUAAGUUGAAAAAUGUCCUCAAAUUGAAAUUCCAAAUACAUAAUAGACAACCACUCUUCUUGAACAUCCUAUAGUUAACUUGGAAGUCAAUCAAUUUAUUUAAUAAGUAAAUCCAAGUCCAGAUCCAUAAUCUGUACUUACUUAAUAAAUUCAUUCCAUUGAAUAACAACCAUAAUCAGUCAUUGAGUAAUAGGAAUAGUUCUCUUAUGCUAUUUAAGCACCAUAAACAGAAAUCUAACUUAAUUUUAAUUAAGCUACAUCAGAACCUUAAUAAAAAUUGGACGUAGAGGAUAAUCAAUAGUAAACUCAAAUAAUUUAAGAAGAAGAGAAAGUUCAUGUUAAAUAGUUGGAUGAAACGCAUAUCAUGAAUUAACCAUCUCAUGAAGUUACUAAUGUUGAAAAAAAAGGAGUUAUUGAAUAAAAACCUUAAUUAUAUACUGAAUAAAACACAAACCCUGUUCAAGUCAGUCAUAAUGAUAAUGUUUAAAUUGAAGGAUAUCAUGUAGAUUAAGUAAAUUAAUUAUAGAAAUAAUAAAAGUAAGUUCCUUUAUUUGCUGAAUCUCCAACUCAAUAAUUUAGAGAUUCAGAACCUCUACAACCUUAAAAUGAUGCUGAACAAUAAUUCUUAAAUAGAACUUAAUCAGAUAUUUAUCCAUCUUAAUCCAAGAUACUUCAAUAAGUNAUUGAAGAAAUAAAAAAUUGAAGAUUCUGAUGUGACUGAAAAAUCAGAGAAGUAAGAUAAUAUUGUUUAAAUUUAAUAACAUGAAGUUGUUUUAAAUGCUUAAGGUCCUGUAAUAAUAGAGAAAACCAAUAAUUCAGUGAUGAUAGAAGGUGCUCCAUAAAUCUAAUUAAAGAAAUAAAAUGAUGAUGUUAUUUUGGAGAGUGUCUAAAAAUAAAAAAUGGAAAAAAAAGUUGAAUAAACAAAUAUUGAAAUUUAACCAAAAAUGCAUGUUGAAUUACACUAAUAGAUAGAAUUAUAAUAAUAACCUUAAAUGUAAUAAUAAGUAUUUGAAUAAAAAACUGAAACUUAGAGUUAGGUGUAGGUAGAAAUUCAAAAGAAUCUUAGUAAUAUCAUCACUAUUGAAAAGUCUUAAAUGUAAACAGAGAAAUAAAAUGAAAGUGUUUACUUAGAAGUUAUGCCAACUGUAUAAUUGGUUAAUCAUUAAGAAGUUUCAAUAGAGUAGCAUCCUGAAAUUAAUUUGGAAUCUUAAAAUUUAGAUACUUAAGUUGAAAAAUGUCCUCAAAUUGAAAUUCCAAAUACAUAAUAGACAACCACUCUUCUUGAACAUCCUAUAGUUAACUUGGAAGUCAAUCAAUUUAUUUAAUAAGUAAAUCCAAGUCCAGAUCCAUAAUCUGUACUUACUUAAUAAAUUCAUUCCAUUGAAUAACAACCAUAAUCAGUCAUUGAGUAAUAGGAAUAGUUCUCUUAUGCUAUUUAAGCACCAUAAACAGAAAUCUAACUUAAUUUUAAUUAAGCUACAUCAGAACCUUAAUAAAAAUUGGACGUAGAGGAUAAUCAAUAGUAAACUCAAAUAAUUUAAGAAGAAGAGAAAGUUCAUGUUAAAUAGUUGGAUGAAACGCAUAUCAUGAAUUAACCAUCUCAUGAAGUUACUAAUGUUGAAAAAAAAGGAGUUAUUGAAUAAAAACCUUAAUUAUAUACUGAAUAAAACACAAACCCUGUUCAAGUCAGUCAUAAUGAUAAUGUUUAAAUUGAAGGAUAUCAUGUAGAUUAAGUAAAUUAAUUAUAGAAAUAAUAAAAGUAAGUUCCUUUAUUUGCUGAAUCUCCAACUCAAUAAUUUAGAGAUUCAGAACCUCUACAACCUUAAAAUGAUGCUGAACAAUAAUUCUUAAAUAGAACUUAAUCAGAUAUUUAUCCAUCUUAAUCCAAGAUACUUCAAUAAGUACCUCAAGAAGUUGGUGCAUUUGGUUUGUCUAUUGCUGCAGCUGCUGGAGCUUCUUAAUUUAUUAUGAAAAAUGGAGUUAAAUCAAAAGAAGGGAUAUUUGCAGCUCUAGCUGGUUCAGCAAUUUUAUAUGCUGGAUACAGAUUAUUCAAAUCUAAAAGCUAAUAAAAUUCAUAAAAAGAUUGAGGUAGAUUAAUAAAAUCUAG